UGUUGCCCACUUGGCCACGUCGCGUAUUACUCGCCAUUUUCCCACCCUCACCUACGGGAGCUACAAACACUUCAUUCUCACAAAAAAACUGAAAAGCUUAUUUUUUUGUUAUUGGGGACGAUUUUUUAGCUCAUCGCAUAGCCUUAGUUACGCUUAUUGCUACUGAAGCUCCUGGAAACAUGAAUAUUUUCAGGCUAACCGGCGACCUGUCCCACUUAGCAGCCAUCAUCAUUCUGCUGCUAAAAAUAUGGAAAUCCAGGUCCUGUGCGGGAAUUUCAGGAAAGAGCCAGGUCUUGUUUGCCUUGGUCUUCACCACUCGCUACCUGGACCUGCUCACAUCCUUCAUCUCCCUCUACAACACAACCAUGAAGAUCAUCUACAUUGGAUGUGCGUACGCCACCGUGUACCUGAUCUACGUCAAGUUCAAGGCUACUUAUGAUGGAAACCACGACACAUUCCGAGUGGAGUUUCUCGUCAUUCCUGUCGGCGGCCUUGCUUUUCUGGUUAACCACGACUUCUCUCCCCUGGAGAUCCUGUGGACUUUCUCCAUCUACUUGGAGUCGGUGGCCAUCCUGCCACAGCUCUUCAUGAUCAGCAAGACGGGCGAGGCGGAGACCAUCACCACACACUACCUGUUCUUCCUGGGACUGUACAGAGCUCUCUACCUGGUCAACUGGAUAUGGAGGUUCUACUCUGAGGGAUUCUUUGACAUGAUUGCCAUUGUUGCGGGGGUGGUGCAGACCAUCCUUUACUGCGACUUCUUCUACUUUUCUAAAAGGGAAGAAGCUGAGUCUGCCUGCGUGAGCGCCAAAGAGGAGUGUAACGGCAGACUGAAAGAGGGGGACGGGCCGGGAGGAGGAGAUGCAGCGGACGCCUGUGACACCUCCUCCACCAACACCACCACCACCGCUCCCUCCAAGCAAGAUGCCUGAGACAGACGGCAAGCAGGAGCAGAUCCAGCAUCAGAACAUCUGCACAAGAUCCAUGCUUGUUGGAUGUCUGUUUGAUGCAUCUUGUAUUCACCUUUUAAAAUUACUUUAUAUCAAGAAACAAGAAAAAAAAAAUGUGGAAACUUUUCUACACUUCAAAAACACUCUACUGAAGAUUAGACAUUUUGGUGCGUUUGUGGUCAAAUGUAAAAUUGUGCUUCAUUUAGCCUUGUCUUCCCAACAGUCGGGGUGGUAUUGACUGUUUGGAAUGGCACAUUGAUUUUCUGUCAAUUAUGUUUUGGAAGCAUGACGCUUCUUCCUCCAAAUUUUUUGUCUUUAGUUUUAGCAGUCUGCAUUCCCAUGUAAAAGGCCAUUUUUUUUACCCCUCCCCCCCUUUUUUGUUGUUGUUUAUACAUAGCAAGUUACUAAAGUAAUCACAAAAAGCAUGAUAGAAGCCUGCAGUUAUAUUAUUGAAAUGCCUU